GGGGCCUGUGACUCGCUCGACACAGCCCGAGUCCAACUCCAAAUCUCAUCCCCUUCCUCGUCACUCUCCCUUCUCUCCCAGACCUCCGCCUCCAAUGGCGCCCAUGGCCACCAUUUCCGCGCCGCUCGCCGCCCGCGCCUCCCCCUCCGGCCUCCUCUCGCACCGGCGCAAUGGAGCCAGAGCAAGCCUUGGUCUCCGAGGAGUGAAAUUUGUAUCACAUGGUGUUUCUUCAGAGCAGGAUGAAAGGAUACGUUGCCAUUCUUCUCUCAGGCAAAACACAAUUGUAGCUUCUGAGAACGAAAAUCCACCAUUAAUGCCGGCAAUCAUGACUCCUGGUGGCCCUCUUGAUCUCGCAACUGUACUACUGGGAAAUCGUGUAAUCUUUAUUGGUCAAUAUAUCAACUCCCAGGUGGCACAACGUGUGAUAUCACAGCUUGUCACACUUGCCGCUAUUGAUGAAGAGGGUGAUAUUCUGAUCUAUCUGAACUGCCCUGGUGGAAGUCUCUACUCCAUCUUAGCUAUUUACGACUGCAUGUCCUGUAUAAAACCCAAAGUUGGGACUGUGGGCUUUGGUGUUGUUGCUAGUCAAGCAGCAAUCAUUCUUGCUGGUGGUGAGAAGGGGAUGCGCUAUGCAAUGCCAAAUACUAGAGUAAUGAUUCAUCAACCUCAAGGUGGAUCGGAGGGUAAUGUGGAGGAGGUGAGGCGACAGGUUGGGGAAACCAUUUAUGCUCGUGAUAAAGUUGAUAAAAUGUUUGCUGCCUUCACGGGGCAACCAUUGGAUAUGGUGCAACAGUGGACAGAGAGGGAUCGAUUCAUGUCAUCUUCAGAGGAGAUGGAGGAGAGGGAGAAAUUAGUGGGUCGAAUGUGGGACAUGUACACGCGCACCAGUGACGAGGUACGGCUUCCACGGUUCUGGCAGGAGGCGUUUGAGGCUGCAUAUGAGGAACUUGCUGGUGAUGAUACACAGGUCCGUGAUGCAGCUGUAGCUGAGAUUGCUCGAAUGUCAGCUCACAAACUUGAGCUUGAGCAGACAGUGAAUGAGAAUGAGGAAGAGAAUGCAGCAAGCAACAGAGGUGGUAGCCGGUCGAUGGGGAAGUAGUAGCUUCGCAAAUAUCUGCUGACUAAGAUCCUCAGCGCCUGAAAUUUGGGGUUUAGACAUGGUUGAUAGUUAUACUGGUUGUUCACUGGAUCUGUACCAGAUACUGCGAAAAGAAAAGGGUGCAUUUCUGGCACUGUGUAACGUUAGUUACUGGCGCUUAUGUAUUGUGCCAGGUAGAGCAGAAGGCUUGUCAUGGUUGUAAAGUAACCUUCCCAGUGAAGAUAUUGGCCACAGCUUACGUUGCUUCUAUAUUUAUUCAAUUUGCGUUCACGAUU